GAGAGGUGUGAGGAAGGAGAGGCAGAGCAAAGAGAGAGGGGAGCGCAGAAAAGAGGACUGAAAUAAAGAAAAGGAGUGAGCCGAGAAGAAGCCAGGAGAACCAGUGAGAGGAGGGGAGGAUGCUGCUGCAGCAGAGCUUCUGACUUCUGAAGAGUUUUGCCUUGGACAUGGUUGAGACGUCUCAACCUGCCGUUUGACUCUGAGCAUCUCCAGCGUAUGUGCGUGUGUGUGCGUGUGUGUGUGUGUGUUUUAAUGUGUGUGUGAAGCCAUGGCGAGUGCUCAGCCAGGGGUCCAUGCGCUGAAACUCCAGCCUCCCUGUGUCUCACAGACCCUGAGGAACGGAAGCAACUUCAUUAAAUGGGAUGAGGAUUUGUCAACAGUCACUCCAGUGACUCUUCAUGUGGAUCCGCAUGGAUUUUACCUUUUCUGGACCGACCAAAACAAGGACACAGAGUUGUUGGACCUGACCUUUGUGAAGGAUGUCAGAACGGGUAGAAGCACCAAACCUCCCAAGGAAGCCAAGCUGCGGGAGCUCCUCGAUGUGGGAAACCUGGUUGGUCGGCUGGAGAACCGCAUGGUUACCGUGGUCACGGCGUCAGACCUGGUGAACGUUGGCCAACUUAACUUCAUCGCUUCGCAGGAGGACGAAGCCAAGUUGUGGUGUGAGGAGCUGUUUUCUUUGGCUACCAACCUGCUGAGCCACAAUCUCAACAGAGACCGCAGUCUGCUGAAAGCGUACGUCAAGCUAACUCUUCAGCCAAAUGCAGAGGGGAAAAUCCCUGUGAAAAAUAUUGGUCGGCUGUUUUCAUCGGACAGAAAGAGAAUUGAGAAUGCCCUCGAGAACUGCAAACUGCCGUAUGGACGGGGGGAAAGCAUCAAACUGGAGGACUUUACCCUCGAUGUCUACAGAAACUUCUUGGACAGUCUGUGUCCUCGCCUCGAGCUUGGCAACAUCUUCAAACUGCAAGGAGGAGAAAGUGGGACAAUGUCAGUCGAUCAGAUGACCGAGUUCAUCAACAACAAGCAGAGAGACCCGAGGCUCAAUGAGAUCCUUUAUCCCCCGCUUCGCCCUGCACAGACGCACAAUCUAAUGGAGCGCUACCAAAAUGACCAGAACCAUCUAAAGCAAGGCGUUAUCUCUCUCCAGGCUUUUUCCAGUUAUCUGUCGAGCGACGAGAACGGAGUCAUUCCCCCCGAGAAACUGGAUCAGUCUGAGGACAUGAACUUCCCGCUGUCUCACUAUUUCAUCAACUCGUCACAUAAUACGUACCUCACAGCGGGCCAGCUGGCAGGAAGCUCCUCCGUGGAGAUGUACCGGCAGGUUCUGCUGGCAGGCUGCCGCUGUGUGGAAUUAGACGUGUGGAAAGGACGAACCGCUGAGGAGGAGCCGGUCAUAACUCAUGGGUUCACCAUGACAUCUGAAAUCUCCUUUAAGGAGGUGAUCGAAGCCAUCGCAGAAUGCGCCUUUAAGACUUCACCUUUUCCUGUCAUACUUUCAUUUGAAAACCACGUAGACUCCUUGAAGCAGCAGGCAAAAAUGGCCGAAUAUUGUCGCUCUAUUUUCGGAGAAGCGCUGCUGAUUGAUCCUCUGGACAAAUACCCUCUGGAGGCUGGCGUCACCCUGCCCAGUCCUCAGGAGCUGAUGGGCAAAAUCCUCAUCAAAAACAAGAAAUCCCACAAACCCACCAAUACCACCGACACCAAGAGGCUAAUUGACCAGCCUGCCAAUCAGAGCAACGAACCCGUGUCUCCUAGCAACAACACAGGAGACAUGGAGGCUGAGAGUGAAGAAGAUGAUGAUGAUGAAGAUGAUGAUGGUAAAAAGGGCUCCGCAGAGCGAGAGGCUAUUGCUACAGAGGAGAUGUCAACUCUGGUAAACUACGUCCAGCCGACCAAGUUCAACUCCUUCGAAGCAUCAAAGAAGGCGGCCCGCUGUUACCACAUGUCGUCUUUUGUGGAGACCAAAGCCUUGGAGCACCUCACAAAGUCACCAGUGGAGUUCGUGGAAUAUAAUAAAUCGCAGCUGAGUCGCAUCUACCCAAAAGGAACCAGAGUCGACUCGUCAAACUUUAUGCCUCAACUGUUCUGGAACGCUGGAUGUCAGCUUGUGGCUCUUAACUACCAAACUAUUGAUCUGUCUAUGCAGCUGAACCUCUUCAUGUUCGAGUACAACGGCCGCAGUGGCUACAGACUCAAACCUGAGUUCAUGAGGCGUCCAGACAAACACUUUGACCCUUUCACAGAAAACACAGUGGACGGCAUCGUCGCUAAUACUCUCUCUGUGAAGGUCAUUUCAGGCCAGUUUCUGACCGAGCGGAGGGUGGGUGUGUAUGUGGAGGUGGAAAUGUUUGGACUCCCUGCGGACACCAGGAGGAAAGCUCUGAAGACCAAAACCUCCCAGAACAACAACGCCAUCAACCCAGUGUGGGACGAGGAACCCAUCGUCUUCAAGAAGGUCAUUCUUCCAACUCUGGCCUCGCUGAGAAUUGCCGCAUUUGAGGAAGGAGGGAAGUUCAUUGGCCAUCGAAUUAUUCCAGUGUCUGCCAUCAGACCAGGUUAUCGUUACAUCGGCUUGAGGAGUGAGAAAAACCAGUCUCUGAUUUUGCCUGCUGUGUUCGUCUACAUUGAAGUCAAAGACUACGUCCCCGACACAUUUGCAGAUGUGAUCGAGGCUUUGUCCAACCCGAUCCGAUACGUUAACCUCUUGGAGCAGAGAGCUAAACAGCUGGCAUCUCUGACUCUGGAGGACGGCGAGGAGGAGGCCCAAACCGAGGAUGAGACGGAUCCAGGAGCAGAGCGCAAGAACGACCUGAAACCAGCGCCACUGGAAAAUGGACUUAGUCCCACCUCAGGGCCGGCGGGCCACACCCCUAUUGCUACAACGCCAAAGGCCUCUGCAGCCAAUCAGCAAGCAGCUACAACAGAAGCAGCCAAACCAGCAGCAAAGACUGAAGAUCUGGUUUUAAGUGUUUUGAUCGAUAUCCCAGCAUGCACCUUGGACGCCCUGCAGCAGUCCAAGGUUUACCAGAAGGAGCAGAGACGUCAGUUCAAGGAGCUGAAGGAGCUGGUCAGGAGGCACCAGAAGAAGACGUCAGAGCUCCUCCGAGAGUUCAGCAACAAGUAUAAGAAGACGGCCAGGCAGUGCAGCAAGAGCAGGGGUUCAUGUUCGGAGAGUGAGAAAGACGAGCGUCUUCAGCAGCUGAGAGACGAGCAGCAGCAGCAGCUCCUCGCUCUGAGGCAGGAACAGUACUACAGUCAGAAGUAUCUGCAGAGAGAACACAUUAAGAUGCUUACAGAGCGACUGACCGGUCUGGCUGAGGAAAGUCACGCCUCCCAGAUAAAGAAGCUCAAAGAUAUCUGUGACAAGGAGAAGAAGGAGCUGAAGAGACAGAUGGAUCGACGGAGAACUGAGAAGAUCAACCAGGCCAAGACCAAAGAGAAACAUCUGGCUGAGGAGGAGAAGAUUGAGAUCAACAAGUCCUACGUCAACGAGGUUGUACAAAACAUCAAGCGGCUUGAAGAAACUCAAACCAAGCGUCAAGAUCAGAUGGUGGAGCAGCACAAUGACCUCCUGCAGGAGAUCCAAGACCAGAAACCAAAGCUGCAGGCGGCUGUGGAGGCAGAGUUUCAGGAGAAGUUCCAGCGUUUGCCCGGUGAGAUCCGAGACUUCCUGCAGGACAGGAAGUUGGAGGGCAGAGGUCACAGCAAGUCCCGACCAUCAACUCCUCACGAAGCUCUUUCAGAGGAGGACUGAGCAGAACAACGUAGGACAAAGAUGCUUAAAAUCAAACAAUAAGAAAGUGAGGAGCUCCACUGAGGAAAUAAAUAUUUAUAAAGACUGUUAAUCAUGUUUUUAAUGGGGAAAACCUUUGACAGUUUUUUUUAAUUAUUUGGAGCAUGCACUGUGUUGUACUUUAGCAUUUAAUCAGAUGUCAUUUGGUCUUAUGUUCUACCAACAUUCUGACAACUUACUGCAUGAUAUCUAUCUAUCUAUCUAUCUAUCUAUCUAUCUAUCUAUCUAUCUAUCUAUCUAUCUAUCUAUCUAUCUAUCUAUCUAUCUAUCUAUCUAUCUAUCUAUCUAUCUAUCUAUCUAUCUAUCUAUCUAUCUAUCUAUCUCAUGCAUCUUACAUAUAGAGCUGCUAGAAAUUUCAUUACCAGUUAUUAAUAGUGCAGACUUCCUCUGUGCAUACUCUUUGUCCUUAUUUGUUUUUGCACAUGUAGAAGCCAACCCACCCAUACUCAGUCUGACUGGUCAGUCUCCCUGCAGUUUUACAGGAGCAGGGUGUUGAGACAGAAGUAGCCUCUAAACAAAUGCUGCUUGUCUAAAACAGAGAAUAAAGGACGCCUUUUAAAAUAUCUAUAUAAGGGAGAUAAUAGCCAGGGCUUUCUUGUCUAUGCCUGGGAAGACCUUCCAUGAGUUCCCAUCUUUACUCAUCACCACUAAAUGCACACAAAGAAAGCCACACCUGUCUACCCAACAUUGAUAAGCUAUUUCUCAUAUUAUAAUUAUUAUUUCCUAUCAUAUGCAAGGUUUUUAUACCUCCAUGACAUUUUUUUCAUAAAAAGAAACAUAAAGUAGCCAGUGGGAUUGCGUAUCUUUUCUAAAACAGCUACAAAAUUCAAUUCUAAAUUGGUCUGAUCAUGUCUGCAAAAGCAUGAAGAGUUUUCUGGACUGGACCACUGGAUGUGGUUUAACACAAUGCCAAGGUGGUAAGGCCUCAACGCUGACCUUACAGAAGCAAUUGCUGCAACCAUCAAUCUGUGGAGCCUUCUAAGGCUACUUGCAAACAAUUUAAAGUUCACCAGUCUAUAGUGACAAUGAUUGUACCCAAAUGGAAAACAUUUAAAACAUUUGCCAAUCUUCCCAGGAGUGACCAUCCCUGCAAAUUUACCCUUUUGGUCAGAUCAUGUAGUGUUCAGACAAAUUGCCCAGAAUAAACCAAACGCUUUAUCUCACAACAGAUGUAACCUAGUAAGUAAGUUAAAGUUAGAGUUUCCCCAAGUCCCUUUUUGCUCUUCCGCUCUUCACGGGGAUUAUGUGAAAAAAUCUCCCAAAUCCACCCUGGUCUUAUUUCUUUCGACAGAGGCCUUCCUCUUCUCCUCAUAAACAUGAAUGCGGUUCGCUUGUUGCGACUCUCAACCAUGUUCAAAGUCUACAGUGAGAGCAGCGGAGCUACAAUGAACGGCUAACCGCUAACCUAGCCGCUAAGCUAACCGGAUACAUAAGCACUAGAAGUGCGCAUGCGCAGCCAACAAGCGGAAACUUGGAAGGAAAGAGCAUGGAUACUGGCGUUACAUGAGCACAUAAGAAUGAUUAGCAUGUGGGACAACCAAUAGAUAAGGCGUUUUCCCGGGACCUUGAGGGACAGAGCGGGGUGAGUAACACAUCUCUGUGUGAGAGCAGGAACAAAACUCUGACAAAUCCAUGCCCUUUGAACCAAACAGCAGAGAUUGGUUUGAGUUUUACAGGCCUGCAGCUCCCACAGAGAACGCUUUUAUAACGUCCUUUUUAUCAAUACAUAAUGUAUUAACUACUUUCAGGAUGGAAGGACAAUUUUACUCAGUAUAACAAAAAGUGUUUCAGAACAGGAUUACCAACUAUAGCUUUAAAUGUUAAAACUUCUCUCUACAAAUGAUUUGGGAACACAGCUUCGUUUCAGAAAGGUCCAAAUGACCAAAUACCUCCAGAACAAUAUGCUUUGGACUUUUGAGGCCUGAGUAGAGAUUCUUGCCCAUCGUGCUCAGUGCAAUGUUUCUGAAUCCUUCUGUCCAACAGCUCAGCUUUGGCUAAAAAUGGAUCAAAACCUGGAUGAUGACCCCAAAGAGUCUGCAAGAGAAUCAUAACAGCCUAAAAACAGUUUGAUUUGUGUGGGUUCUUGGUCGUUACUUGACUGCAGUAGCAGUAUGCUAUUCCUAAACAGCACCAAGAGAUCCCCGGUCACAUAAACUGAAAGACCGUUGCACAAUAAAAACCUGGCCAGCCUGAACACACCACAAGCACUUAUGUGUCGGGCAAGAAAGGCUUCAUUCAGAGAGGACAAAGGUUACCCUAAACCUCUGGGUUCUGUCCAGGGACAUUAAGCUUGUAUCCAUUGUAAAAAGAAAGUACACCUUUUGUCACUUCUGUGAUUGGGGCAUUUAAAUUGUCUAUUUUUGAAACGAUUCCGAAGUUUUUUUAAACUAAACUCGUGCAGAAAUCUCAGACAUGAGAUUCAUCCAGUCAUUAUUUAGUCAACAAAGAUGAAGCCAAAAUGUAAAAGUUUCUGAAAAAACUAAGUCCAUCCCAAAAAUUCUACAUACCAAAUAUGUUAAACGCUACAGUUCCAAGGGGUGUACUUUCUUUCUACCAUGAGUGUAGUUUUAUGGACAUGCUGCGAGCUGAACGUGAAAGUGUGAAAACAACUGUAACAGGAAGCUGUUGACAGACGUGUUGCACGGUGACCCCCAAUGAGAACACCUGGCAGAAACUGUCAUGUGACCACUGAAAUCCUCUUGUUUUUGUCUUGAUUCACUGGCUUUUUCUGCAAAGUAGUGGGAAAUGGCCACUAAUUCAAGCCGUCAACAGAAUUCAGUCAUGUUCAAGAUAAGGCAUAAGACCAGCUGACAAAGCAAAGCGGUGGAUUUUCAGAACGGAACGUGUUUUCCUCCUAGGAUUUCCCAAAACCGACUACAUGCUCAGAGCUCCUGCAGCGCAAUGAUCAGGAGGUCAGAUGUUUGAUUCUUGCCACUGCAUGAUCUUUUUUUUGUAGUGUGAACCCACCUUCGAUGCUCAACAGUCUGAUGAUGUGUUUACUCACUAGAUGUUAUUCCAUGAUAUUUAAUUCAGAGGAACCUCCAUGAAACUGUUUGACCUCUUCUUUGUUUUACAUCUGUGUGAUGAACCAAGCCUGUUCCUCUUUGUACAGUGGUCCUCCAGAAGAACGUUUGCCGCACCAUUUUCCAGGCUUUCCUUCCUGUUUUCGAGUUUAUAAAUCUGAAGCCAAUCAGUGUAGAACAGCAGUUUGUUUUUGUUUUUCCAGAGAACGGUUUCAACAGAUUUAACUUACUGACACAUAGUACCCACUUGCUUUACAUGAUUAGUUGAAAUAUGUCCCAUUGACCCUCUGGCUAAAUGCUUUGCUAAACUCAGCUCUGCUUUAGCGGUUACACUGAGCAUGCUUCCUUGUCCUGAGUUUCUACGCCUCUGGAACUGUUUCUUGGUUUUACUGAAUGCUGUUUGGAGACAAAUUUAAAAAAAGAAUAAAAUAUUUGAACCAA